AAUGCUGAGUUUUGUUUGACAGGGCCAAUGGUCCAUCUGCGGGGUCCACCAGGACCUAUGGGAAUGCGAGGGCCAGGACCUCGACCAGGAAUCUGGAUGGAUGGCCAGGGACCACCGCCCAUGUUCCCUCGGGGAUUUGAAGGCCCACCUGUGGACGGGCCACCGCCAGAUGCUUUCUUCGGGCGCCCACCAUUUGAUGACAUGGAACGUCGAGCAAGGGAAGAAGGGAGGCAUCCUCGUGGCUGGGGGCCAAGAAGGGGACCCCAAGGGAGCCGUGAUGAGGGAAGAUUCCGAGGGGGAGAAAGGGAUGGGCCAGGUCCAUGGAGGAGAGAUGAAGAGAUGGGCCCCAGGAGGGGCAGCAGGCCUGAGGACACAGGUGGGAAACAGGAUGAGGAGGAGAAGGAGGCCCCAGCUACACCCAGUGUGAAGGGAGAGAGGGACCGAACCAGGAAGUCUCGUUGGAGCAAUGCUUCCCCCACCUCAGAAGCAGCUCCUGAACCUGUGCCUGUCGAUGGAGGAAAGGAUUCAUCAGUGGAGACAAGUGUUGAAGAAAAGAACUUCAGUCUGUGUGCAGAAGGGCCUCAGCAUGAACAGGGUGAUGGUAGUGGUGAUGGCAGUGGCAGUGUCACCAAGGACUGCGAUUCACCACCUGUCGCGGAACCUCAGAGUGACGGUACUCCUUGCAAUGAUGAAUUGCCGCUAAGUACUGCAGAGCCAUGCUCGGAAAGUGAUGCCGCAGGUGGGGAAGAUGCAGGUUAACCCCCAGUCAGUACAUUUAGCUGUGUUUGGUUUCAUGUCACUCGAAUAAAGUCAUCAGUGAGUCAUAUGCAUAAUAGUGAGCCGAGAAUAGUCAUGAAUGUUCCAAUUGUAGCGGCAAGUGCGCUGUGUGUCCUAUGUGCUGAGGUUGUGAAUGAAGUGAACACAGGAAGUUGAUCAUUUUAGCAAACAGUGGUGCAAUACGUUACACGAACGUAGUAGUCAGUAAGAAUGCGUUGUGGUGCUGAGUCAACUAUCUUGCUUUCAAGCUGUCACACCUGGUCACAAUUUUAUCCACAUUUGAUUCAGUACAGGGCCAGUAAAGUUGUGCAAAGAAAUGCUCAAUAAAAGAGAACUUUUAUAUUUUUAUAUACUAGAAAACAGUCUCAAUCUUUUGGCAAAAUUUGGAAAUAGUGUACAAAACCCUCCGUUGAUUUUUAGUUCUUUGUCUUUGGCACGCAUUGAUCCCAAGGUAGGUGUGUUCCUGUGUUCACGGACAACGCAGCCAGUCGGCUCGGCGCACACGGAGGAGGCACGCGCUUGCACUCAAAUGGAGUGACAGGUGCAAGGUACUGUGGCUCUUUGACUUUGUUGGUUGAUUGUCAUGAACUUGUGCAACAGUGUCAACCAACGAGAAGGAACUGAAAGUGCUGUCGGAGUGCCCAACGCAAUAAGACAUUCGGAGUUCUGCCACCACA